AUCCAUCCAUCGAUCUAAUCCAUUCAAGUCGAGAAACGCCAAUCAUUGUCACUCAUUGCUCAGCUUCUCUAUACCAUCAACCACAAAAUAGAAACAACCCAGCCCAUAACUCACCAGACGCAAGAAAUCCAAUUCAAUCAAAAUGCAUUCCCACCUUCACACCCCCUACAACAUCAACUGCGAGGAAAUCAUGACCGCUCUGGACGAAUGCCACGCGCAGGGCUUCCUGCACAAGGCCCUGGGCAACUGCAACGACAUCAAGCGCGAGGUCAACAAGUGUCUGUCGGAGCAGCGGUAUGCGCGCGCGAAGCAGAACCGCGACCAGGCACGCGAGAACCGUCGCCGGAUUGAGAAGAUCUGGGCGGAGGAGAAGGUGCUGGAGGGGGUGCCUUCCUCGGCGGCUUUGAAUACCACGGCGACUGCUGCGACUGCUGCUGCGGAGGGAAAAUAAUUGUUGGGUUGGAGCGGGGCAUGAUGAAGAUGGUGACGUUGGGAGGGGUGGAAGGGAUAUGUACUGUACGCUAAACACACAUUGCAUUAGGGAUUGGCGUUGGGCAUGGGGUUUAUUGCUGUUUUUCUGGUUUUUUGUCGAGAUUAAGGUUCUUCCUUCUCUAUCUCGUUUCUCAUGUCUCGAAAGUAGUUUGUUUCGAUUUGAAGAAUGGAUAUACAACUCACUGCUCAUACAAUAUAUGGACACAGCAC